UUUUAAGGUUAACUUCCGGGUAAAGCGUCUCGGUGUUGUCGUUGUUGCAAAAGUUCUACUUGUGUUGAGAAAAUGGAUAUACUGAAAGCUGAGAUUGCAAGGAAAAGAAAAAUAAUCGAAGACAAAAAUCUUGUUGAUGACUCCAAGAAAUUCUUCAAAAGGGCUGAUCUUGCACGCAUGGAACAAGAAGAUUAUUUCAUAAGAAGCGGAUAUAAGGUUCAGAGAGAGACUCCUGAAAGCCAGAUUAAUAAGAAAGAAGAAGAUGAACCAUCCACUUCAGCUAAUCCAGUGUUAGAACUGGAACUCACCGAAGAGAAGCUGCCAAUGACACUGUCACGACAGGAAGCAGUUCGACGGCUUAGAGAGCGAGGGGAACCAAUCCGACUGUUUGCAGAGUCUGAUUAUGAUGCCUUCCAGAGACUCAGGAAGAUUGAGAUUCUGACCCCAGAAGUAAACAAGGGCUUGAGGAAUGAUCUGAAAGCAGCCAUGGACAAGAUCGACCUGCAAUACCUGAAUGAGAUUGUUGGAGGAACCGAGCCAGGAGAAGUGGACACACAGCACGACCUGAAAGUGCAUGAAGAAAACACCACUAUAGAAGAAUUGGAGGCUCUUCGUAGUUCCCUGGGCACAGGAGAUGAUAAUGGAGACCAGGAUGUUAUCGACAAGUUUUUGAAGUUUCUUCUUGGUGUUUGGGCCAAAGAUCUGAACAGCCGAGAAGACCACGUGAAGCGAAGUGUUCAGGGCAAGCUGGCCAGUGCAACUCACUCGCAGACAGAGUCUUACCUCAAACCUCUCUUCAGGAAGCUCAGGAAGAAGAGUUUACCAGCUGACAUCAAAGAGUCAAUCACAGACAUCAUUAAAUUCAUGUUGGAGAGAGAAUAUGUCAAGGCCAAUGAUUCCUACCUGCAGAUGGCCAUUGGUAAUGCUCCCUGGCCUAUCGGUGUGACCAUGGUGGGUAUCCACGCUCGUACUGGGCGAGAAAAGAUCUUCUCCAAGCAUGUGGCACACGUUCUCAACGAUGAGACGCAGAGAAAAUACAUCCAGGGACUAAAGAGGCUAAUGACUAUCUGCCAGAAACAUUUCACGACUGUUCCUUCAAAGUGUGUGGAGUACAACGCUCUUUAACUUGUAACUUCAGCUUAAUGUAGGCCAAGUCUGUCAGGUCAGUUAUAUCACAAUCCAAAGUGGGAGUUUUUCACAGCAGCUCAAUUAUGGGUUCUAGCAUGACUGAAUCUUGUAUAUUAAGGGCCUUAGAGUACAGCUAAUUUAUAAAUGAAAAUAUCUCGGACUUAGGUGGAGAACACCCAACAUCCCUCGAGUCUUAUUAGACUUGUCCCGGUGAACUACUGGGAAAACUGACGCACCUGUCAUGCCAUUAAUACUUCAGUCCUACUUGAGAACAUGUUUGUUUAUGGAUGCUCUGAGGAGUCCAAACCAUUGUUGCAGAAAAUGUAAAGCAGUAAAAAUGUUAAACUUUAUUUGCUACUCUUCAGUUAAUAUUUGCUUUUACAAGUUUUUCAAGGAAGAUCCAGUAAUGUAAGUUUUAUUACGCCUGUGAUUCUUAACUCUUUAUUGACAUGCAGAUUCAGUUAUAUGUGCAUGUUUGAGUUUUCAGCAGAUAAUUAAUUUGAUCCGUUUGUCUCUGUACUAUCUUAGUAAGAAAAUAAAGUGUUGUUUUGCUACACCAGU